GAGAAUUCAAAACACUAAUCCUCCAGACGCUUCAUUCAUCGAGUUUCUCUGUCUGACAGCUACAGAUUUCAUGUCGUUUUAUCUUCGACAUGAUGUCAUUUUGUAGAUAAAUGAGAUAUGAGUCAGUAGAUCUCGAGUGUUUAUGUUGUGAGAGUGUCAUUAAUGUUCAUCAUGAGGUUGAGUUCAUCUGUGUUUGCGUUACUCUGUCUCAUGUGUGAGGUUUUGAGCAUCGCUCUCUUCCUCAGAGGAUUCUUUCCUGUUCCCGUCAAAUCUUCCGUUUCUUCCAAGAGCAAAGUGUCGGAUCUUCCUGCUGAACCACUUAAAGGAAGUGGCACAAACUCCAGUGAAUCCCCCGGGCCGGUGUUCAGACGGGUUGUGAUACUGUUGGUUGAUGCUCUGAGAGAAGAUUUUGUGUUUGGUUCUGAUGGCCGCAGGUUCAUGCCCUACACCAGACAAGUGGUGGAGAGAGGCUCGUCCCACAGCUUCAUCGCCAAAGCCAGAGCGCCCACCGUCACCAUGCCCCGAAUAAAGGCUCUGACCACCGGCAGUAUUCCAGGUUUCAUUGAUGUGGUGAUGAAUCUGAACUCUCCGGCUCUGUUGGAGGAUAACCUCAUCUGGCAGGCCAAGAACGCUGGCAAACGCAUCAUCUUUUAUGGCGAUGACACUUGGGUCCGACUCUUCCCCAAACACUUUAUGGAACAGGAUGGGACGACGUCCUUCUUCGUGUCCGACUACACGGAGGUGGAUAAUAACGUCACCCGUCAUCUGGACGACACAUUAAAAAGAGAUGACUGGGACAUUCUCAUCUUACACUAUCUGGGCCUGGACCACAUCGGUCACAUCAGUGGACCGCACAGCUCUCUGAUUGGACCAAAGCUCACGGAGAUGGAUGACAUCGUGAAGAAGAUACACGCAGCCCUCAUAUCAAAGGAAUCUGAAGGAACGUUGCCGAACCUGCUGGUGUUGUGUGGAGAUCACGGCAUGACUGAAACCGGCAGUCACGGCGGAUCAUCAGAGCCCGAAAUCAACACGCCCCUAGUGCUCAUUAGCCCCGCCUUCAGGAGGAAAGGAGGCUUUGAGGUGCCGGGUGUUCUGGAGCAGGUGGAUCUGAUGCCCACCCUCGCCCUGGGUCAGGGGUUACCCAUCUCUAAGAACAGUGUGGGCCGUUUGAUUCCAGCCGUGUUUGAGGAUCUGUCGCUCAGAGAUCAGCUACGGUUCCUUCAGCUUAAUGGACAUCAGCUCAGCUGUCUCCUAGAGGACAACAACCCAACCUUUCACAAGGAAGACGGUUACGAGCUGUUUCGUGUGGCGGAGAAGUCUCACGGCAGCUGGAUGAAGCUCUACAUGGACGGAAACACCUCAGAGGUUCUGGGUAACAUGGGCAAGAAGGUUCUCAAACAGUAUCUGGAGGCUCUGAAGGCCAUGAGUUCAGCCCUCAGCAAACAACUGGGCAAAUAUGACAUGUACUCCAUGAUCAUGGGCAUGAUACUCGUUCUACAGGUUCUGAUCUUACUGCUGUUGGCUAUGCCGGAGGCGUUGAGCAGAGAAGCGGUGGUGGACAUCCCGUUGGCGGCGUCUUUGUUCUCGCUGCCCUUCUACCUGCUGUGUCUGCUGGGCUCCGCCCUGCAUGUGCUCAUCUGCACCUCUGCCGGUGGUCUCUGCUACCUCUGCAGUCUCCCCUGGGUCCUAGUGUUCACCCUCAUCAUCCUCGCCUCCGCCCUGAUGUGUGCUCUGGUUGCAAUGGCGGCAAGGAGGAUGCCCACCAGCACUAAGACCCCCACUAAGGGUUCUGGUUGGACUCUCUCAGAGCUGGACGUUGUGUUGUUGGUCGGGACAGUGGGUCACACGCUCAGUUUGGCCUCCAGCAGCUUCAUCGAGGAGGAACAUCAGACCUGGUUCUUUCUGCUCAACACGUUGUGUCUGGCCGUCUUCCAGGACGUCUGCAGGAAGUACUUCAGAGAACAGGAGGAGGGUGGAGAGGAAGAGUCUUUCUCCUCUUUCUCUCCGGCGGUGGAGCUGGGGAUGAGCGCAGGGUCAGAGAAGUGGUUGGCUCUGGCGACCCCGCUGCUGACCCUGACCUGCUGUCGUCUGCUGAGGUCACUCAAUCACACUGGGGUGCAGUGGGCACACCUGCCUGACUUUGGACACUGGCUCAACAGUGGAGAUCACAAGAUGUUUCUGUCGUUGCUGGCGGCUCUCUCUCUCGCUCUCAUCUUCCUCCUCAUCCAGAGGCAUUGCUCGCUGGUGUCUAAGAUCGCCCUGGCGCUCGGCCUUCUCGGCGUCUACAGCUACCGCGCCGCCGUCGGAAACGUCCUGUUCCCAUGGCAACACAGCAGCCGUGCCGUCUCCAAGGGAACCGUCGAGGCGCGAUUCGUCUACGUGUUUGUCCUCGGGAUCCUCUUCACCGGCGUCAAGGACCUGUUGCGAGCUCAGCUGACGUCCUCGGGUGGAGACGGCGGGCGUCUGAAGAGCAGGGGAUUGUGGGAAGUUUACAGUGGGGUGGUGUUGCUGGUGGCUCUGCUCUUCAGAGCUCAUAAUCUGCCCACGCUGGCCUGCUGUCUGCUCAUUCAGACCGUCAUGGCUCAGUUCAUCUGGAAGAGACUGCAUUACGACGCCGCUCAGACCACCAUCAUGCACUACUGGUUCGGUCAGGCCUUCUUUUACUUCCAGGGAAACUCAAACAACAUCGGGACGGUGGACAUCUCAGUGGGGUUUGUGGGUCUUGAGAGUUAUGUAGAAGCACCUGCUGUUAUCCUCACAGCGUUGAGCACAUACGCUGGACCUCUGCUGUGGGCCUUUCACCUGCUCUGUUACCUCACCUCACAGAGACACAGGGCUGUAAUGGGUCUCGGUCAUGGUAGUUACUGUUUCGCCCUCCUGCGGUCCAUUCCAGCUGUGUUUUAUGUGGUUCUGGUGACGGGUCUGAGAUAUCAUCUGUUCAUCUGGAGUGUGUUUUCUCCUAAACUCUUAUAUGAGGCCAUGCACACACUCAUCACCACGGCUGUGUGUCUGUGUUUCACAUUCAUGGAUCAGGACCGCUCCGGACGACUAUAAACACAGCCAAACCAAAGCCAAACUCAGGUGCAGAAAGAGGAAGGAUGAAAUCAAACGACUGUGAAGUAUAGAACUUGUGAAUCAAAGCCACAAGGAUUUAACGGAUGCUUCUGAGGUUUUUCCACAGACGUGAAUAAAUGAUAUUUUUAGCAGGUUUUUGGAGUAAUUAAUGGCACAGAUGAUGCCGCGAGAUGUUCCUCUCCUGAUUAUUUGCUAUGCAGUUUUAUUCAGAAAGCUUUACAGACGAAGAUGAUCGUGUGAUGUAUGUUUCCAUUUUUUCUCGUGACCGUCUCUUCACCUCUGGAUUCAUGUGAGAUGUGUUAUUAAUUCCUCACACUUUGAAAUUUUAAGAGAUCUGAAAACUAAAUGAAUCGAUAUUUUAAUGCGGCUGCGCAUGACGCUAUGUGUUAUUCAGCCCUGUGGGAACAUCAUUUAUUUUAGUAAGCGCUUUCUCUUUAUCUCAGUCAAUGAAUCUGAUAAAUAAUAAAACAACUCAGUUUAGUUUCAGGUUAAAUUGAAGGAUUUUUUGUACAUGAUUUUCAAUGUGGGAGCUCUGGUUUGAGCCUAUUUGAGUCUUUAGUUUGGUGAAAAGCAAGAAUUUGUUUCGGUUGGAUUCAUUCAUGUUCUUUUUGGUGUGAGCUCUAUGCAAGAAAAACUUAUAUUCAUGGUCUUUUAUGAUUAAAUGUAUUGUGACUCAACUGUAAAUGUAUUAAAUGUUUGGUGGUUGUCUCUAAACCCGGUCAGAUCACGCAGUGUUGUCUCUUCUACUGAGAACAGUGAAAUGAUUGGUGUCUUGUGUGUAAUUUGCACACAAAUUUUGAAUCACAUGUGUGUCUAUGUGUGUUUAUUCAUCAUCACGGAAGGGCUAGUUUACUGUUUCAAUUAUCCACAGAAAAUCUGUAUAAUAGCUUGUGAUGAUAAUUCUGUAAAUGUCCUUUAACCUUUAACCAUGCGGCAGAGUUAUUAAAGUUUGGAUUUAGUUUUAAUCAUUUUUAUCAAUA